CCCCUGCCCCCCGACAUGUCUGAGCACGCAGCCGCCUCCAGGCUGUGCUUCCCGGGGCUGUGCUUCCUCCUGCAGGUCCUCCUCAUCCUCCUGUUCGCGGUGUGGGUGCGGUACAGCCCCGAGGGCAGCCCCGGGCCGUGGCCCCCGCCGCUGAACUGCAGCCGCAGGAGCCAGGACCCGAAUUUCCUGCAGCCCCGGUUUCGGGAUGGCCACGUCCAGGUGCUCCUCAGCUUUGGGCUGCUCGUGGCCUUCCUCAGCCGCUGUGGGCCGGGCAGCGCUGCCAUCGUCAUCCUCAUCACAGCCUUCUCCAUCCAGUGGGCUAUUCUCAUCCAGGGCAUGCUUUACUUCUCCCUCGACGGCAAAAUUUCCGUGGGAGCUCAGAGCCUGGUCAGAGCUGAUUUCUGCACCGCAGCUGUUCUGAUCUCCACUGGAGCUCUUCUGGGCAGGGUGAACCCUGUGCAGAUGCUGCUGCUGGCCCUGCUGGAAGUCACCCUGUGCACCCUCAAUGAAUUCAUCCUGCUCAGUCUCAUGGGGGUGAGCGACACAGGAGGCUCCUUGACCGUGCACACCUUUGGUGCUUACUUUGGCCUGAUGGUUUCACGGCUCCUGUACCAGCCCCACAAGGACAAGAGGAAGAGGGAAGAGCAGCAGGAUAAGGGGCACCAGACGGGUGCCUUUGCUGUGGUUGGAACCAUCUACCUGUGGAUCUUCUGGCCCAGCUCCAUCUCCACCACCACUGUCCACCACAAUGCAGAGAACUGGGCAGUGCUCAACUCCUACUUUUCACUGGUGGCAAGCACCGUGUCCACCUUCAUCCUCUCUCCUCUCCUCUACGAGGAGAGCACCCCAAAGCUGGUUCAGAUCCAGGAUGCCACCCUGGCUGCCAUGGCCGUGAUGGGCAUGGCUGGGGAGAUGCUGCUCACCCCCUUUGGUGCCCUCAUCGCAGGGUUUCUGGUUGGCCUCAUCUCCUCCCUUGGCUUCAGAUUCUUCACGCCCGUUCUACACUCCAAGCUGAAAAUCCAGGACACCUGUGGGGUUCACAACACCCACGGGCUGCCCGGGGUGCUGGGGGCCCUGCUGGGGACGCUGCUGACGCUGCUGGCCACCGCAGACACUUUUGGUUACAGACUGGAGCUGGUAUUCCCACUGGUGGCCCAGGGCAGCCGGACAAUCACUGACCAAGCACUCCUGCAGCUCGGUGCCCUGCCCCUGACCCUGCUGCUUGCAACGCUCGGGGGCUGCAUCACGGGAGCCCUCCUGAAAAUCAACGUGCUGAGGUGCUGCCCGGCCGCGCUGUACAAGGAGAACCCCGGCUUGCGGGAGGUGCCUGAGGAAGGAUCUGACCCCAGUGCAAGUGGAAAGGAGGAGCUGGGCAGCAGCACCUUGGUGUGAUGACCCCAAACCCCC